AUGUCAUUUACAUCGAUUCCCAUCUUGGAUCUGAAACUCGCUCGGGAUCCGGCAACCAAACCAGAGUUUCUGGAACAGUUGCGCCAUGCCCUCAUGGAAGUAGGCUUCUUGUAUCUCAAGAAUGUCGGCAUCUCAGAGGAGUUAUUCCAGGAUGUCAUCAAGAAAGGAAAGGCGUUUUUCGAUAUUCCCCUUGAAGAGAAACUCAAGAUUGAAAUGAAAAACGCCAAAUCAUUCCUCGGCUACUCCCAGCUCUCUGCAGAAAUCACCGCCGGUGAAGUCGAUCACCGCGAACAAAUCGAUCUCUCCACAGAACAUCCCAUCCCUACGCCCAAUGCACCUCUGUAUUACAACCUCCUCGCACCAAACCAGUGGCCGUCUGAAAACCACGCCCCCGGCUUCCGGGACACGUACACAGACUACAUGAACCGCAUGGGCGCCAUAUCCAUCUACUUCACAUCCCUCAUCGCAGAAGCAAUCAAGCUCCCCAGCGACGCAUUCAACAAGUACUUCGACGAGGACCAGCAGCACAAGCUCAAGAUAGUCAAGUACCCGGACAUGGAGGAACUAGGACGUCAGGGCCAAGGUCAGGGCGUCGGUCCACACAAGGACAGCAUGCUGACGAGCUACCUCCUCCAAGCGACGUCCCAUCGCGGGCUGCAGGUGCAAAACGUGCAAGGCGAGUGGAUCGACUGUCCCCCGAUUGACGGUACGCUCGUCGUCGCGAUAGGGCAGGGGAUGGAGGCCCUAACGCAAGGUGUGUGUGUGAGCACGACGCAUAGGGUGCUGUCGCCGGCGGCGGGCUCAGGCGCUAGGUUUUCCAUCCCCUUCUUCCAGGGCGUGAAGCUGGAUGCUGAGUUUGACGACCUGGAGACGGUGGGCGUGGGGAAAGUGCCGGAGGAGGUGAGGGAGCAGAGGAGGAGGGUUGUUGAGCGGACGGGAGGGAGGGUGGACGAUGUUGAGUUUACGUUUAGGACGGGCGCGGUGGCCAAGACGCUGGGCGAGGCUACGCUUCGGAAUAGGGUGAAGAGUCAUCCGGAUGUAGGAGAGAGGUGGUAUCCGGAUAUUUUGAAGGGCAUCAGGGAGGAGCAGGCUGCUGCUAAGGCGAAGCAGACUGGAGGGAAUGCGCCCACGGGAGGAGUCGCUCCAAAGGCGGUUGAGGCUCAUUGA